GUCACUCUGCGAUUACAGCGUUUCUCUGUCUAUUUUGUAGCUAAUUUAUGAUUCUAAUAUUAAAGUGAUUAAUGUAUUCUUAUAACAACAAUUAUUUAAAUAAAAUGUUGAAUGUAAUGUAGUAUAAUAAAUUUCAAGUUAUUGUAUCAAUUACCAAGUAAGCAGUUCUGUACUCAAAAAGCAGCCAAACUCAUAUAAUUGAUGAAUAUUUAGAUAUUAAAAAUAUAUUUGUAGUACAUACCAACGUUUGUAGUGUAUAGUAUACUGCAUGUGUUAUAUAUCGUCGAGGAGCUCACAAUAAUUAUGACAACAUUCAUUAAGAUAUUGAUUGUUACAUUUUAUUGCAGCGUUGCAACGUUGUAUUUUGAACCAGUAGGAAGUGAACGAAUUUUGGCUAUUGCUCCAAUAGCUGGAAGGAGUCACUGGAACUUUAUGGAAGGAAUACUUCGAGCAUUAACAGAACAUGGUCAUCAAAUAACAGUUUUGACACCAUUUCCUAGUGGUGACAGGGAAAAUUAUACAGAAAUAGAUGUAUCAAAAGAAAUUAGGACUUUAUUGAGGUUGGAUAUUGACCAAAUAAAUAUAGAACUUACUUCACAUUUCGAUUUAAUUAAUUUUAUCAACGAUUAUAGUCGAAAUUGUUGUAAGACAUUAUAUGAAAAUGAUUUCAUUAAGAACAUACUGACCGAUUCUAGAUCAGAUUUUGAUGCCAUCUUCAUUGAGUUAAUGGCAUCAGAAUGCAUUUCAUAUUUAUCGGUUAAACUAGACAUACCAUUAAUAUAUGUCACACCACCGCCUCUGAUAUCGUACUUAGAACGUUCUGUCUUAGGACAUUAUCCAAACCCAGCUGUUGUAUCUCAUGUAUUAGCUAAUCACAGCAUUCCCAGAACAAUGUUUGAACGGUUUACAAACACGGUGUUAUUUUUUUAUACAUUAUUUUUGCUUCAAUACAAAAGUUGGACCGCAAGAAUAGCCAGUAAAGAGUCUUUUGAUCAAAUCGAACCUAUUAAACCCUCCAUAAUAUUUAGCAACGCACAUUUCAUAACCGAUGCUCCAAGACCUAUACCACCAAGUGUGAUUCAAGUCGGUGGUAUACAUCUGAGUCCACCAAAAAAAAUACCUGACGAUAUUUUAGAAUUCAUAGAAAACUCACCACAUGGAGUCAUUUAUUUUACAUUAGGAUCUGUCGUGGCAGUAUCCUCGCUACCGGAAAAUAUUAGAAACGACAUUCUACAAGUAUUGAGUCAAGUUCCUCAGAGAGUGUUAUUAAAAUAUGAAGAUGAAAUGGUCGAUAAACCAGAGAAUAUCAUGGUAAAAAAAUGGUUUCCUCAACGAGAUAUACUUGUGCAUCCUAAUGUAAAAUUAUUUAUUAGUCACGGAGGAAUAUCUGGAGUGUAUGAGGCAGUGGAUGCCGGUGUUCCGGUUCUCGGAUUUCCUUUGUUUUUUGAUCAAUCUAGAAAUUUAAGAAAUUUAGUAGACGCAGGAAUGGCAAUUUCAAUGAACCUUGAUUCUGUGACUAAGGAUACAUUUAUGAAGGCUAUUUUAGAACUCGUUAAGAAUAAAAAAUACAUACAGAACGCUAAAAUUGCUUCUGAUCGUUUCAAAGACCGUCCACUGACACCGUCGAAAGCAGUUGAUUAUUGGACGAGAUACGUUAUUCGCCACAAAGGUGCUCCUCACUUAAAAUCUCAGGCGCUCAAUUUGAAAUGGUAUCAAUAUUUUUUACUGGACGUCAUUGCUGUUGUCAUAUUGGUUAUUUUAUUAUUUUAUUAUGCUAUUUAUAAGACAUUUAUAUUUAUAAAAAAAAUUACGUUUGCAUCAUGGACCAAAUCGAAAUCAAAAUCUGAGUGAUCAUUUUUUUUACUAAAGAGUCUAAAAAAGUUUUAUUAAUCAAUUUCGUUUUUAAACUGUAUCUAUAUUCGAUCUACCGGAAAAUAGUAUUGAAUAACCGAACUUACUUAUUUAUUAUUAUUACCCAAUAUUUUUUUUUAAUGAGUAAUCUACCUAUUAUUGAUUUAAAAAAUUCACAAAUUAUUAUUAUUUUUAUUUUCAACUAAAAAUACUUGUUCAAGUUUGUAUGAAAAAUGUCAAGUACCGUUUUUUAAUCGAAAUACUUCAAUUUUCCUCUUUAUGUUGGUUUAUAGUUGAAAAUUGGAAAUAGUUGUUACUUUUGGGGGUUAAUAGAAAAAGAUGUUAAGUAUUUUUUUUUAAUAAUUGGAGAAAAAUAAAUAAGAAAAGCUAUAAUUUUAAGUAAACUGGCAAAAUUUUACA